AGGCUCAUACUAUUUUAGACGGUAUUACAAUGUUGUAUAUAGUCCUGACCGGUCAAGCCGAAUAUUGUCAGCCAACUGCUCACACUGUCGAUCAGGAUCGAAGGUUUUAGCGUUAACUUGAAUCGCAAAGACAUUAAACCAUGCCUUUACGCUACUGCAAACUUCUAUACUUCUCUUAUGACUGCUAACAAGUUGAGUUCCAAGGCCAUUGUAGACGAAUUUCGGCACCAGGUUGUGAAUAUUGCUUCCGUAGAUGUGAUUCCGUUUGACAGGGGGCAAUCUCUAAAGAGACUAACAAGCCGGUCCAAGGUAUUUCGGUGAUGGGAGCUCUCAAGAAUGUAGCUACUGGAAAUGCCGGCAGCGUUUCAAAGCUUGGACCAAAUCAAAGGAUCCUUGAGGCGUUGAGCGCCACACAGCCCAGCAAGUAUUCCGAGUCCAUGUUUGCCAAAACCCAACCGAAUUCAUCCGCUUGCGUGCCGAUGACGAUUGCUGUGGCGGAAUUCAAGGGUCCAGACGUGCAUGGUGUGGUUCGUUUCGCCCAAGAAAACAGCGGGCUGCAAGAAUGCAGCAUUGAAGCUGUCAUUGACGGCUUAGCUCCUGGUGCGCAUGGCUGGGCUGUUCACGAGUACGGUGACCUAACCAGAGGCGCUCUGAGCACUGGUCCCGCAUCCAACUUUCCCUCGAGCGCAAAUUCCCCUACCCCGGAACAGCAACAGCAGCAGCAGCACGAAACCCAUGAGGGCAACUUAGGAUCGUUGCUGGUGGACUGUAAUGGCCACGUCCAGAGCACAUCGACGAACGACAGGCUCAGUAUUGCAGAUGUGAUCGGCCGCUCUGUGGUGCUGUAUGGGGUAGCAAGUGAGGCAGAUGGAAAAACGCACACAAGGGUGGCAGCAGCAGUGAUCGCUCACAGUGCCAGACCGAGCAGCCUCAACCCUCAGCUCUGCAACUGCGAUGGCUCUUACUGUGGCAGGGAAACACUCACUGACACAUCAGUUUUACACUUCCCUUUUUCUUCUCAUGUACAUAUUUCUGGAGCAUACUUGUAGAAUUCUUGCGUCGGUGGAUGCAAACCAAUUCGCCUCCUCCCCAUGUGGGUGUUAAAUAAUGAAAGAUUGGCUCCCCUCAAACUGUUUCCUUUAUGAGCUGCGAGUGGCGGUGUCCCCAACGAUGCGGCAUUAUUUUACUUGUUUCUGGGUGUUUAAUGAUGCGAAUUCAUUUUCAGUUGCGAUUUUGGAAUGGUGUUCAGCCCAUUAUAUGAUAUGCUGGAGAUGUAUUACUCACUUUUUGUGGAUUCAAAACGAGGUAUUUGUUGAAGAUCGAACACAUGCCCUCUUCGUCUAUUACUAUACAUGGAUGUCAACUCCAUUUUGGACAGAUGUAUGCACCUAGCUUUCUAGAACAGCGCAGAAAGUUAUGGAUCAGAGGUCACAAGGCAGUAUCUCAGUUCUCUUGUUUUUGAGUGUUUCAUUGAAAGUUAAUACAUUAUCAGACUGUUCUGUG